UGCUUUCAAGGCUCCAACCUCGAAAGACCGGAAAGUUUAACCCCUUUAGAAAUGGAAUUAGUGAUUCAGAGUGAUAGAGUAAUGUUGGCAUUGGAAAAAACGAGUACUGUACUAAAUGUAAUGGCAAAACUUCCGUAUUUGCUUGAAAAUGAUUUUGAAAUAAUUCGAACAAGUUUUUCGGAAGAAGCAUCUGGUCUCAUAAUAUUAACCUUGAAAAAAUUUGAAAACAGUGAAACAGAUCGGAAUACUAAAGAAUACCUAUCUGACUCUCAAAAAACUUCUAAGUUAGAACUAGAAUCUCAUAUCAGUGAAUAUUUAGAACUAGAUCAUAGCUUAUCUCAACUAAUUGAUAUGAUCUUUACAAAUAAUCACAUUAGACAGAAACUAGAAGAUGCAAAGGGUAUUUGCCUCUUUCCAUAUAUUCUCGAAUUCAUAAAUCAUUUUAAAAAGUUGGAAAAGAUCGCAAAAUUCAAACUUUAUGUCACCGGUACUGAGGAAGAAGCUCGGGACAAAAGACUUCGAGAGGCAUUUAAGUCUAAUAAUAUGCUGACAUCAACCAUUGAAGAUCUUAAAACACAACUAGAAACUCAAAGAAAUGACCUUGGAAAUGAGCUGCAGAAAAAUAUUGAAGUCUUAGAAAAGUAUAAUAAUAAAAUUGCUUCCAUUCGAGCAGAGGUCCGAACUAGAAUUGAAAAAAAGAUUUAUGACUCAGAAAUAAAACUAAUGCAGCAGAGUGAAAAAAGCCAAGAAAAUCAAGCUUUAUUGGAAGUUCAAGUCAGAGCUACAAUAACACAGUACGAAAUGGUAUUAAAGGAGCAUUUACUUAAAGAAAAACACUUAAGAGCCAAGACUACUAGAACGCAAGUCGAGCUACAGAACUGGCUGGCAAAAUAUGAUCAUGAUAUAAGUGAAAAACAAUUUGAAUACGAAUAUCUUAAAGCCCAUUACGAUAGUGAAAAAGCUGCUAUGGAUGACUUAGAACGCAAAUUAUGUGAACAAGAAGAUUUGUUUAUAACUUUAAUGGCUGAAAAGAAAAAGGAAGAAGAGAAAACUUGUCAGGAGAUUGCUUAUAAAAUAUUGGUCAAUAGGUCUGCCAAGGUCAUUCAGAGGGCCUGGAGAGCAUAUAGAGAGAAAAAAUCCAAAAGGAGAGGAAAAAAAGGAAAAAAAGGAAAAUCCCAGGGAAAAAAAUAAAAUUACCUUAUUGUUAAUAGUAUGUAGAUUGCCUUUAGUAUGGUAGAUUGUAUCAAAACAUUUAAAAUAAUAAUUAUUUG